GACCGUGCUUCUGCUCACACUGUCGAAACCACGUCCAGAUCUCUCCGUUUGCAGCCAGCGGGCACGUCCGCCUACUUCCCGUUUCCAGGAGGUUUCUUGUAGAGUUGAAGAAGGGGCGCCUGUCAGUCAUAGCGAGGUGCGAUUAUGCAUGACCCGGCAGAUGUGAAGGUUACACUAAACCCUAAGCCGGAGUGAAAUGGAGAACACGAGGACCGUGGAGCUUCAAUAGUCCUGUUUUGUCUUUGCUGUUGUUGUUGUUCUUGUUGCUGUUUGUAGGGUUUUGUCCCCUUCUUGCAAAUUCUUUCGUUUAAUUUUCUCUCAGUUUAAUGUAGUUAAUGAAUUAUGUGAUAAAUUGAUAAUGUAUGCACACAUACCGGGUGGCAUUGUAAGUGGAUGUAUAUAUGUUUUGUAGAGUCUUUUUUCACUCUAUUUGCAGCCAUCAGUAGGCCGCUGAAGAGGUGGGGGGCUGGGGAGAGGGAAGAGGGAAGAGGAAGCGGCCAACGGGGGGGUGCUGUGGUCACUGUAGUUAUCAUCGUGUUGGCUGGCGGCAGCUAUGGUGGCCAUGGCUGCCGCAGUUGCCAGGUCAGUAGCCUGGCCAGGUUCAGCUGACAGGGGUCCGGAAAGGACUGUCAAGUGCAGAGUAGGUUUUGAGAAUGGAGAGGGGCAUAUGCUGGGGAGCAGCCCACCGGCAUGUGGGCCAACAGGGUCCUUUACAAGGGUCGCAAGGACAAGUAUUCCAUCGUCAGAAACAGUGAAACAGUGCAGCAACUGCUCACAAGUUCUGACAGGCAGGUGGAACACAGGGUAUAACGGAUCACUAAUUGGUCGCGGGAGUGGUGGCGGUGAUGUAGCGGCUGGAUCAAGAGCCGUCGCUGGUGCUCAGCUAUGUUGUCACUGGCAUCUUCCGGGGAGUAGACAGAGGUUGAGAUUUGCAGCAGCAGGAGCAGGACGUCUUCUCCCAGCUCGAUAUCCAGCCUCGGUGCCCAUGCCGUUUUCAGCUCCCUGGGCAGUUCCCGAGGACAGGCAUCUACCGGUAGUUAUGCCACCCAAACGUCUGCUGCAGGCGGCAUCGGCCAUGGCCGAUUCGGAGGGGAAAGGAGCUGGCAAAGCUGAGGGCAACGAGCCCUCUCUGCUUGCAUCCGACGCGAGAUCAAAGAUGGCGGCGGGGACCAGCAGCACAUCAACGCUGGUGGAGGCUUCUAGCAAUGGAUCAGUUAAGUUUUCAGUGGACAAUCCUGCUGUGGCAUCCGGUGAAGGUGGUUAUGAUGAUGAGGGUAAUAAUGAAAAUGAGUAUGGAGAUAUUGAGAUGCCUGACUGGGAAAGACAUCAACAAGAGUUGCUGGCCAGCAAGAUAGCUUCAGGUGAGUUCACAGUGGAUCGCAGCUUUGUGGUUGAAGCUCUGACGAUGGCUCGCGAGUUCUUGGCACGCUUUGGAGCGGUGGGCCGACCGGCUGCCAUGGCCCUGGCCAGCGCAGAAAGGCAGUGGAGACUGAAACUGAGGAAGAGGCUUCCCGAAGCUCGGGGAAACGUUGGGUCCAUCGUCGGCGAACCUUUCUUUCUUCCCCUGUAUAACCUCCAUCUUGUCUACGGGGGUGCUUUUCGCUUGUCGUUUGGCCCGAAGUCCUUCGUUAUCAUAUCCGACCCUGCAAUUGCGAAGUAUAUUCUAAGGGAAAAUGCGAAAAUGUAUUCGAAAGGAAUCCUUGCUGAAAUUCUGGAAUUUGUCAUGGGGAAAGGUCUCAUUCCGGCAGACGGAGAAGUAUGGAAGACUCGUAGGCGAGCGAUAGUCCCAUCGCUGCACAGGAAGUAUGUUGAAGCAAUGAUGUCCCUCUUUGUGCAGUGCGCUGACAAGCUGUGCAACAAGCUAGAUGCUGCGAUAGAUGCUGAAGAGGGAUUGCAAGGAGGAGGAGGAGGAGGAGGAGGAGAAGGAGGAGGAGGAGGAGGAGGAGGAGGAGGAGGCCCAGUUGUCGAAAUGGAAGCGGAGUUUUCGCGACUCACCCUGGACGUGAUUGGGAAGGCGGUUUUUAACUAUGAGUUUGACUCGCUGACGAAAGACAGUCCUGUGAUUCAGGCAGUCUACACGACAUUGGCGGAAGCUGGGGCGAGAAGUACCGCCAUCCUGCCGUAUUGGAAGAUAGGCCUCCUGAGAGCAAUAGUGCCACGUCAGCGCCGAGUCACGGCCGCCAUGGACAUACUGAAUGACACAUUGGAUGAACUGAUUGACAGGUGUCGGAAGCUGGUUGAGCAGGAGGGUACAGAGUUUUCAGAGGAAUACGUAAGUCAGGAAAGCCCUAGCAUCCUGAGUUUCUUGCUGGCAUCUGGUGAGGAAGUCAACAGCAAACAGCUGCGAGACGAUCUGAUCACGAUGCUCAUUGCCGGACAUGAAACCGGGGCUGCUGUGCUGACGUGGGCUACUUACCUCCUGGCCAUGAACCCUGACAAGACAGCCAAGCUACAGGAAGAAGUCGAUAGGGUGUUGGGAGAUAGGGUGCCAUGCUUAGAAGACCUGCGGAAGCUGAAAUACACCACACGAGUCAUCAAUGAGGCAAUGCGACUUUAUCCUCAGCCCCCAGUGCUGAUCAGAAGGGCAUUGGAGCACGACAAGUUUGGGAAUUAUGCCAUCGCAAAGGGCACAGAUGUAUUCAUAUCCGUGUGGAACAUUCAUCGCUCUCCUCGUAUAUGGGAGAGAAGCGAGGAGUUCUGGCCUGAGAGAUGGCCAUUGGAUGGGCCGGAUCCGACGGAGGUGACCGAAGGUUUCCGAUAUCUUCCCUUUGGUGCGGGAAACCGAAAAUGUAUUGGUGAUCAAUUUGCGACCUUUGAAAUGAUCGUGACCAUGGCAAUGCUGGCCCGCCGAUUCCAUUUCACACUGCUGCCAAAUUCUCCACCUAUGCAGAUGACGGUCGACGCAACCAUUCACACUAAGGACGGAUUGCACAUGACAGUAACACGAAGGAGACACCCGACUGCAUCACUGCCCCCGCAACUGCAUUCCAAUUCUGACUGCUCAGAAGAUGCUGCUCUUCCGGCUGCCGGUGAAUCAUCGUUGUGUGUGGCCACUGCCUCGUCAGAUCCUCGUCAACUUUUGGGGGAAGAAGAGCAACAACCAGUCUUGGCUGGUGCUCCUGCUGGAGCAAAACAUCCAUGAUGUAAGUUCACUACACAUUUUGUACAAAGUUAUAUGAGCACAUCCUCCUCCUCCCGUAAUUCCUCCCCCUUCUGCUUGUGUCCUCAAGUCUGGAGAAACAGUGUGAGAGUUAAAAAUGCUCACCGAAAGUCCCAUUUCGUAGAAAACUGCAUUCUUUCAGGAACCCUGUACUAUAUACUGCUUUUCUCUUGACGAAUAAAGUUCAAAAAAUGAU